UAGAGUUGCAAGUGGAUAUAGCAGGUUUUCUAGUAUCUUUGGGCAAUAAACGCCACUAGACCGCAGACCUUACACUUGAUCUUGUUCCGCCACCCAUGGCGUUGCCCGGACAAGUUACCCCGGAGGGCGUGCCCGCCUUUAAACUUGUCCUAGUUGGUGAUGGUGGCACGGGUAAGACAACCUUCGUGAAGCGCCAUGUUACCGGCGAGUUCGAGAAGAAGUAUGAGCCUACGAUUGGCGUGGAGGUCCGGCCACUGGACUUCUCCACCAAUCGUGGCAAGAUUCGCUUCUACUGCUGGGACACUGCUGGCCAAGAGAAGUUUGGCGGCCUUCGCGAUGGGUAUUACAUUCACGGGCAGUGCGCAAUUAUCAUGUUCGACGUCACGUCGCGCUUGACCUACAAGAACGUCCCAACCUGGCACCGUGAUCUGUGCCGUGUCUGCGAGAACAUUCCUAUUGUUCUCUGCGGCAACAAGGUCGACGUGAAGAAUCGCCAGGUGAAGCCCAAGCAGGUCACGUUCCAUAGGAAGAAGAACCUUCAAUAUUACGAGAUCUCGGCCAAGUCCAACUACAACUACGAGAAGCCAUUCCUGUACCUGGCGCGCAAGCUGACCGGUGACCCCCACCUGAGUUUCGUGGAGGAGGUUGCGCUCCCUCCUCCAGAGGUGGCUAUUGAUCUCGCAGAGCAGCAGCGGAACGAAGCGGAGCUGGAGGCUGCGGCGCAAGCACCGUUGCCACAGGACGACGACGAUGAGCUGCUCGAAUAAUCAGCGUCUCUGGUCUGGCGCACUUCGCUUGGUUUGUGGCGGUUUAAAUACAUAUGGGCAGGCUGCGUGGCAGGAGGUAGCGACGGCUACAAUUGCGCAGCAAUCGUGUUGCUAGCGGGUUAGGGGGAUGCAGGCUGUUCGGAUAGGAAGUAACGAACGACUGACGUGAGGUUAAGUAACCAUAGGGGGAGUACUUUACGUGCGCGGUAUAAGAGGUCAAGCUGUGCGUUGGGAACCUGGGAGUUCAUGGGAAUCAGGUGGAGGCAGUAUCUAGUUGACUCAAUGUUUGCUCUCAACGCGCAAGCUAAGCAAUGAAAUGCAUUAGGCAAUGACGUUUUAUGGAGAAUUGUCGUGUGGUACUUGCCGGCAAAGCUGUACACAACUGUAUGCAAAGAUGUCGAACAUCUUGUGUAACAGGCGUCUGCCUCGACAAUGUAUGUGUAAGUGAUGCACAAAUAGUC